AUGGCGGCGGCGGAGCCCGGGAUGAAGCAGUUCAAUGGCGGCGGUGGCGCCGCGCCGGACGCGGAGCGCGGCCGCUUCCCGCACUGCGUGGUGUGGACCCCGAUCCCCGUCCUGACGUGGCUGUUCCCCAUCAUCGGGCACAUGGGCAUCUGCACCUCGGCCGGCGUCAUCCGGGACUUCGCGGGGCCCUACUUUGUGUCUGAAGACAACAUGGCAUUUGGGAAACCUGUGAAGUACUGGAAACUGGACCCCAGCAAAGUCUUUGCCACUGGUGCCAACGCCUGGGACACGGCCGUGCACGACGCGUCCGAGGAGUACAAGCACCGCAUGCACAACCUUUGCUGUGACAACUGCCAUUCCCACGUGGCUCUGGCCUUAAACUUGAUGAGAUAUGAUAACAGCACCUCCUGGAACAUGGUGAAACUGUGCUUCUUCACACUCCUCUAUGGGAAAUACGUCAGCAUAGGGGGGUUUGUGAAGACCUGGCUGCCCUUUGUCCUCUUCCUGGGGGUGAUUGUGACCGUGGUUCUCACCCUCCACCUGCGGUGAUGGCAGCCCUGACCCCCCUGAGCACACAAAGGAAGAAACUGUGACUGAUCCAGCAGGAUGGAGGCCUGGGACUCUGGGAGCCUUUUCCAGGGAAGGUGGCAGCCCCACUCCAUCGUGACAGCUCGUUUUUGUCUCCUGGAGUUGGCUUCUUUUCCUCCUGUUUCUGUUCUGUCGAUGGUGUCUCCCAGUGUCAGGGGUCUGGAAGCUUCUGCUCUCUCCCUUUCUGCAGCUGGGGAGGUGGGGAUGGGAUCAGCACAGGAGAGGGGUGGGCACCUUUGCUUUCAGAGCCAAGAAAAGCCUCAAGGCAAGCUCUGCCUCCUGCAGUGGCACGAGCAGAUGCACCUUGGGAGUGUCUCUCUGAUCUCCUGCUUUCCCCCUCUUCACCAGAUGCUUCCUCCAGUUCCCUGGGUCUCCAGUUAGGAGUUACUGUUUUCCCUGUGGCACAUCUCUCCAGUAGCACACAUUCCAAAGGGAAGUGUGGGUUCUUCCUGGGAGGAGGGGGUGCCCCAGCACUCAGCCAUGGCCCCCCAGCAGCAGCAGGAGGUUGUUGAGGUGGAACACUCCUGAGGGACGCUCUGUGGCAGGGCCAGCUCCCCUGGUCCUGCUGGUGAGCCUGGAAAGGCAGGAAAGCCAAAGGGCUGCCUUGGGAAGGGCUCAUGGCAGGGUGCCCCCCUUCAGGAGCCUGCUGCAGCUUUGGGAGGCAGCCCUUUGUCCCUUUUAGCUCGUGCCAGAGAAAAUAUCACUCCCCUGCUUCUCCUCGGGCUCUCAGUUGCUAAAUCUGGCACUGCAGUCCUCACAAGGCACUUGUUACCCUUUGAUCCCCGUGCAGCUGGAGCAGAGAGGCUGAGCCUGGGGCUGGAGAACCUCAGUGGGAGCAGCACCUGAGCCUAGAGCUGAAGAGAGGAGGUGAAGGGGCUGGAAGUUGCCUGUCUGGCUGGGCUUUGCAGCAGCAAACUGGGGCGGUUUCUCCUGGCUAGUGGUUGAGGAAUGGUUUAGGGAGCUGUGGAGAGCACACCUGGGCACAGGUCCUGUGCAGGGAUUUGGUGUGAGGAGCACAGCUCACGCAGGGUGGUCUGUGGGAAGGGGGUUUGUCCUUGAGUGCCAGGCAGGGAGGGAGUUUGGAUGUGACCUGGAACCCCUUCUACAGCUGGGUGUGCUCUGCAGGUGCUGAUUUUGGAGGGCUCUGAGCCAGGGGGAGUUUUAAAGCCAAGCCUGGGCUGAAGGGUCAUGUGCAGCUGAGCAGGUCCCUGCUGACUGCAGAGGUGGGAGAAGAGCUUUUCCACUCGCACCCAAAAAACCAGCUCAUUACUCCAGAACCUCGUGGAUUCCAAGGAAUCCAUUUCGAGGAGUGCUUGUGCCAUCAGGAAAGCUUUUCUGGGGUCCCAGCUGUGUCUGCAGCUUCCUCUGACUGGAGCCCACUCACUGUCAGACCCCUGGCUUUCAGACCCCUCCCCAUGUGCCUCCCACUUCCCUGACCCUCUAUGUGGGAGGGUUGGACCCUCCUCCUGAGCUCCUUUCUGUGUUUUCCCCUCUUCCUCAGUCAUUUUAAAAUCGCCCCGUACUCCUCCUGCUCAUUAUUGCCCCUGUGUCACCCCACUGUGGCCUUCCCCAUCAGCCCGGAGCUGGAACAUUGCCAUGGCUGCUCUGUGCAGUCGUUCCCUUCCUGUGUGGAGAGCGUGGGAUGGAGGGUGCUGGGCCUGGGGCUGCCUGAACGCCGAAAUCCCAAUCGGAGAGAAGCUGGAUGAAAGGAAGGAGUGUUCUGAGCUCUGUUCUCUGCCCAGGAGCCACUGUCCACCCGGGUGGGAGAGGGGAACGAGCGCUUUCCCUGCGUGUUGAAUUCCGUGGGAUUCCUUGGAGUGCCCGGCCCCGGGGCUGGAUCCACCCUCAGCAAUAACCUCGAGCCCCUCGGCCCAACCCGUCCGUGUUUUACCCAUGAGCUCUGCAAGAAUUGCCAAAGCUGAGACUUGGGGGGAUCAGGGGGCCCCCGGACUUCCAAAUCCCCACUGUAAAAUUCCCUCUCGUUUGCUCCUGAUGCUUUCUACCAGAGCGGAGUUUGGAAUAGCGAGGGCGAGCCCCCAUCCCUCAUCCUUUGUUCCCUUCAUCUCUGCGGGGCGCUGGAUUUCUUUGUAAAUAUUUAAACUCUGCUUCUGUGGUUUCAUAAUCCCGACGGCAGGGAAAUAAACUGAUU